UUCAUUUCGGCCCAUGUGAAGGAAAAUAUUGAUUUGGCCCAUUUAUUCAGGAUCCUCCUCUCCGAAUCUAUCCACAGAAAACUAUAGUGAAAUGGAACUGAUGGAAAUACAAAGAAAUCCAUAUCGAUUAUAACGAUCUUCAUGAUCUAAAACCGAAGUGUUUAACAACACGAAUAGUUUUUUCUGAAGUUUGCACAAGUGAAAGCGUCACUAUGGAAUUAGCUGACAGAACGAUUGGACUGCUUUUGACAGUUACUAGCUUGUCAAUUUUCACAUAUUAUACCUUCUGGGUCAUCAUUCUGCCAUUGGUUGAUACUGAUCAUUUUGUGCACAAAUAUUUUCUACCUCAAGAGUAUGCAAUUCUUAUUCCCGUAUUUGUUGGAAUGGCACUCAUCUGCUUGUUGAGCAUGUUUACUGGAUAUGUGAUGCUCAAGUCCAAAAAGAAGAAGGCAUGAUACAACCAUGUUAAGUCUGCUGCUAGCUGUUAGAUUAUAUGAUUCUUCAUAGUUUUUCUUUUGAACAGCUUGUUUCACAUAAAUUCUCUUUCCAUGUGUUGACAGUGAUCUGAAAAUACCAGAUAUGCCUUCAAGUAGUCACUAAUAUUGACAACAAGCUCGUUUAUGACUGUUGAAAAAGUAUUAGAUGAAAAUGUGAUUGUGUUUAUAAAUAUUACUGUUGGCAUCAGCUGAGCAGUAUGAAACAUCUCAGCUAUGAAAAUAUGUGCUUACACAAUUGUUA